ACCAGCAACAACUUAGGAGCCAAAGGCAUAAUGCCUACAAACAAGGCCUCAAACUCAUUCUGCAAAACUGAAACAUGAGAUUAUCUUCACAGAAUGAAUUUAAGUGAUCUUCUCUAUCCAAAUAAUCCAAAGAGGCGCCAGGAUGUCAUUGACCUGCACCAGCAAAUGCUUGCUUGCAUGCAACUUAAUUUUAAGGCAACCAAUGAUCUGAUUGGGGCACUGAAUGCACACCUGGGGACCAGAAUCGCUCACAUUAAAAUGAAAGAAGGAGGUACCAUCAAAGAAAACUGUGACAUUAUUAUACACGCCAUGAAUGAUAUUCAGCAAAAGCUGGGGAAUUUUGACAAAGAAAUGAAGGAAAAGCUAGCACCAGUAAUAUAUCAAAAGCUUUAUGAUAUUAAACAGCCUGAACUGGAAAAAAUUGCCACAGCUCGUAAAAUCGUUUCUAUUGUUCUUGGAGAGGCUACUGCUAGUGCAGGUGCAAUAGUUGUAAAAUUAAUUGGUUCAAAUAUUAUAAAGGUUACUGUUAACAAACUAGUUGCACUGCUUGCUCAGAUUGGGGUAUCUGUUCUCGGAGGCAUUGGCAUUAGUGUUCUGGGGCUUGGCAUUGAAGUAAUUCUUCAUGCCAUCUUGGGAGCAGUGGAAAGAGAUCACCUUCUGGCAUGUAUUCAGAGCUAUGAGCAACAUUUGGCUGAAUUCAAGGAAGCCUCAGAGACAUAUCAGUGGGCCAUCAAUGAAGUAAGUGCACUGGUGAAAGACAAAGCUGAGUAAGUGGCACUAAGGAAUGUCCUUG